UUCGCAGUUCAGCGGACCGGGUUUGUGGACAGUAGAACGUUUCUAUUUUACCAGAGUUUGGUAUCCAUUUACUGUUAUUUUUUCAGUGGUGUAGUGUUAGGUGGAGAUGGCGGCUGUCCUGCUUCAGGUUCUGGAGCGGACGGAGUUCAAUAAACUCCCGAAAGCCGCCCAGAACAAGCUCGAGAAGUUUGUAACGGAGCUGCAAAAUGCUAACGAGGAGCUCAGGACGCAGCACGAGCGGUUCAAAGCAGACAGCGAACAGCAGUACUUUGACAUUGACAAGAGACUGGCGGAGAGUCAGGAACAGAUCCUGUCUGCCACCAGAGACGUGCAGGCGCUCCAGGAGGAAAAUAAGAAGCUCAAUGAAGAGCUGAGCGCUCUGAAGGGAAUAGAGGGAGAGACCCCUGAAGAUAAACCCCCUCAACAGCAAACCAAGGCCAAGUAUGAGAUCGAGGCCGAGAAGAGAGAGCUGGCGAGGCUGCUGGAGAAGAGAACGCAGGAGGUGGAAAACCUCACUGAGGACGUGAAGCGUCUGAAUGAGAAGCUGGCAGAGACCAGCAAAGUGAAGACGGAGCUGCAGCUCAAACUGGACGGCAUACAGUCAUCUGAGGCUUCUGUGCAGCACCGAGAGAAGCGCAUGGAGCAGGAGAAAGAGUUGCACGAGAAGAAGAUCGAGUGGUUAACGGCAGAACUGAAGACCAAAACGGAAGAACUGUUGAACACCAACAGAGAGAAAGGCAAGGAGAUACUGGAGCUUCAGGGUGGUCAGAAGAGCAGCAAGGAGCAGGUGACCAGACUGGAAGGACAGCUGGCCUCUCUGACGCAAACCAGUGACAGCCAGGGUAAACGAGCCGAGGACCUCAACAGCAAACUGAAGCAGGCUAAAGACGAGCAGAGUGCCAUGGAGGAGAAAUACCGCAAUGAGCUCAAUGCUCAUGUCAAGUUGUCUUCCCUCUACAAGGGGGCAGCAACAGACAUGGAGACGAAGAAUCAAGAGCUGAGCAGAGCAGUGGAGGAGCUCAGCAAGCUGGUUAAAGACACUGGGGAAGCCAAUAAGACCCUCGAAAAGAAGGCGUCGGAUGGGGCGGAGCUAAAGAUGCAGCUUGAGGUGGAGCUUAGAGAGAAGAUCAAGAAAAUGGAGCAGGAGCUAGAGAACGCCACGGUGAAGGCUUCUGGCAAACACUGCUGUGCGCCGUCUCUGACCGAGGAGCAGUUGGACACCAUGUGUCCAUCGGCAGCAGCCAUCGCGGCCAUUGUGAAGCCCAGCAUGAAGUUCUUUGAUCUGUAUAAUGCGUAUGCGGAGUGUCAGACGCAGCUUCAGCUCGAGAUGCAGGAGACCAGGAGAGUGAGCCGAGUUCUGGACGAGAUCGUCCUGGAGAUAGAGUCCAAGGCGCCUGUCCUGAAGCGUCAGAGAGAGGAGUACGAGAGCAUGCAGAGAUCCAUGGCCUCCCUGUGCAACAAGCUGGAACAGGCUCGAACGGAGAUCUACAGUUUGCAGAAAGAGAAAGAGGAGGCCAAGCAGCGCUGUGAUAGCAUGGAGAGAGACAAACUGAGGACAGAGAGACAUCUAGAGGAUACAUCUACACAGGUGUGUGCUCUUCUGGUGGAGCUGGAGGAAGCCAGAGGUAAUCAGGUGACCAGGGAGGACGGCAGCUCCGCCAAUAUUUCCAGUACCUCUGAGGUCAUCGGUCCGCGCCAGCUGUCCUUCCGCAGUGUGGAGGAGCUGCAGAGGCAGAACCAAAGCCUGCUGAGACGGCUGAGGGAGCUGGAGGAGGAGAAGGACAGACGGCAGAGCCAAGUGACAUCCGCACGUGUGUCAGAGUUGGAGGCCAGCGUGGACAAGCUUCAGAAGGAGGUGGAGCAGCUGAGGGAGCAGAGGAACCAGCAGAAGCAACUGGCCGACUCCAGCGCCCGGCAGAGAGACAUGUACAAGGCCCUGCUGACGCAGAGCACCGGCUUCAGUCUGCCUCCUCAAGGUUCCGAGUCUCCGUCCCACCCUGCACAUGUUAGACUGUCGGUGCCGGCUACUCGCUCUGCUCCUCAGAGAGCCAUCGCUGCCGAGUCAGCACAGACCACUCAGGCUAAAGCUGCAUUAAAACAGCUGAGCGACUCCUUCACUCUGUACAAGAAGGAGAAGUCGGAGAACGACCGGAUGUUGAACGAAACGAACGACCAGCUGCAGAGGCAGCUGACGGAUCUCAACUCCAGCCACGCCAAGCUCACCUCGCAGUUCGAGUUCAGCAGCAAGAGGUACGAGAUGCUCCAGGACACGGUGUCCGCCUACCGCAGAGAGAUCUCCGCCCUGCAGGACAGGAACCAAAAGAUGGCUGCAACGGCCCAACGACACGAGCACAUCAUCCACACGAUGAGCCAGGACCUGCGGCAGGCCAGCGAGAAGCUGGCGCUGGAAGAGGUGCGCGUCGAGAACUUGACCAAAGAGAGAGACAUGUUGAGACGAGCAGAGAGUCGACUCAGUCGAGAGAAGGAAGCCGUGCUUGCUGAGCAACGGAACCAGAACCUGCUGCUCACCAACCUCAAGUCCAUACAGUUGACCAUGGAGCGGACAGAGUCACAGACCCGCCAGCGGCUGAACGACAAGAUCGAGAGUCUGGAGGCAGAAGUGGCUUCAAUGAAGACCAGGCUGGACCAGGAAGUGGCACAGAGACACGCCCUUGGGCGCACCAUGGAUGCCCAGUUGUUGGAAGCGAAGAAACAGCUGGAGACCCAGAACACCUUGCAGCAGAAGACCAGGGAGCUGCUGCGCGGUGCUGAACAGCAGGUGGCAGCACUGAAAGCCCAGCUGGCUUCCGCGUCAUCCUCUGAGGCCGUUGCUGCCUCCGGCAACACCACCGCCCCCCCGGCCUCCAGAGCUGCAGCCCUCAGAGGGCCACUCCGAGUACGCUCUCCAGUGCCGGCAGCCUCCCAGCAGCUCAGCCAAUCGGAGCAUGAGCUUGCAGAGGUGAAAAGCCUCCUGCGUACUGCCGAGGAACAAAAGGGAGAACUGGCGGAGCAGCUGAAGAACGCCAACGCUACUGUGGAGCAGUACAGGGCUGUGGUACUGAGUCUGGAAGACAGUCUGAAGAAAGAAAAGGAGUCCCGCUGCCCUCUGGAGCGCCGGCUGAAGGAGUCUGAGGAGGUGCAGAAGCAGCUGGAGAAGAGGAUUUUAGAGGGGGAGAAAAUGAAGCAGCAGGAGCGAGAAGAGAGGAGGAAGGCCGUGGACGCAGUGGAAAAACAAGUGUGUGAGCUGCAGCGCAGUCUGAAGUCCAGCCAGGCAGAGCAGCAGGAGGCGCUGGAGAGAGCUGCUGCUGCUGUCACACUGGAGCAGAAGGCCAUACAGGACAGCCUGCUGCAGACCAAGCUAGCUGGAGAGGCGCAGGCCAAGUACGAGCGGGAGCUCAUGCUUCAUGCCGCGGACGUGGAGGCCCUCCAGGAGCUGAAGAAAAGAUUACAGCAAGACGCAGCACGUAGGAGGGAGUUGGAGGAGCAGCUGAACAAGACCUUGUCCGUCCUGCAGGAGAAAACCGUGGUGUUGAACACGGCGGAGCGACAGAUGAAGGAGGACGUGACCAAUAAGACCCGUCGCUGUGUGGAGCUGGGGAAGCAGAACGCUCUCCUGCACCAACAGAUGGAUGAAAUGGCCUCCAGGAGCCGCCAGCAGCAAAACCAGCAGCAGCAGCUGGACCUGUCAUUCAGUGAGGAGGGGAAGACCACUGAGCAGAUACUAGAAAUACUCGGGUUUGUGCGGCGUGAGAAAGACAUCGCCCUGGCUCAGUGUGAGGCGUCCGACACAGAAGCCCUUCGCUACAGACAGCGAGUGGAGCACCAAGACAGAGAACUGAAGGAGCUGCAGGAAGCCCUGAAUGCAGAGAGGGAGAAGAUGCAGGCUACAGCCAAGACUCUGGCCCAGCAGGAGGAGCAGCUGAAGAAGUUGGAGACCAUCAGUACUCUGCAAGAAACCACCAGGAUGCUGAAAAUGGACCGAGACAAACUGCAACAGGAGCUGCAGCAAGCCCAGGCUAAAGUUACUAAGCUCCAGGCAGACAUCAGCCCACUACAUCACUCUAUGUCCAUGCUGUCUGAGAAAAAUGGCUCCCUGCAGGCUGAUAGGAGGAUACUGGAGGAAGACCUGAAACGUUGGAAGGCCAAAACACAGCAACUGGUCAGCCAACAGAAAGACGGCGACGUUGAGGAGCGACAGAAAGUCACCACUGAGCGAGAAGCUCAGCAAAGACGCAUCACACAGCUGGCUGAAGAGACGGCCAAGCUGAAGACUGAACUGGCGAGAACCAGCGUCAGCAGUAACUCGGCUCAGUCUCAGCUGCAGGCCUUCAGAGACUCUGUGGCCCAUCUGACGUCGGAGAGAGACGCUCUGAAGAAAGACAUAGAAACGAAAAACAAGGACAUUCUGGAGAAGAACAAGACCAUCACCCAGGUUAAGAAGAUCGGACGACGCUACAAGACUCAGUACGACGAGCUCAAAGCGCAGCACGACAAGCUGGUUGAGGAAACUGCUGCUAAAGCAGGAAGUGAGGCGGGACCGAGCCCGGCGGAGCAGCAGGAAGUGACUAAAGCCAAGGAGGAGCUCAAAAAGACUGUAGAGGAGCUGAGCGCACUGAAAGAGGAGGCGCGGGAAAAGCUGGAGGAGGCCCAGAAGACCCAGCAGGAGCUGGAGGAGGCCAAGAAGGAAAUCCAGCAGAGCAAGGAUAAGUUCCAGGAGGUCCAAAACCAGCUGACGCAGAAACAGAACCAGCUGACACAGGUCCAGUCCCAGUUGUCCCAGAUCCAGACUCAACUGCAGCAGAAUCAGAACCAGCUGACCCAGAGUCAGAAGGAGCUUCAGCAAGCCAAGACCCACAGCCAGCAGGUACAGAACCAGCUGAAAUCAGCUCAGUCUCAAUCCCAGGCCCGUCAGAACCAGAUUCAGCAGAUCCAGAGGGAGCUCCAGCAGGCUAAAGAGGCCCUUCAGCAGAACCUCGCCAAUCAGAAAGAGCUACAGCAGACCCACCAGAGCAGUCGGCAGAGCCACAACCAGGAAGUCAGCAACCUCAAGAUGGCGCUCAGCCAAGCAGAGAGCAAGGUGACUGAAAUUCAGGGCCGCCUGGACAGCCAGCAGAAGCUGGUUGGCGAGCGUGAGGCAGACAUCAAGCGUCUGCAGGAGCAGGUAACGGAGGCUAACCAGGCUAAUGAAGCUAGCCGGGUCACGCCGGCUAACCAGAGCCAGAGUUCCCAGUCCAACCAGCCCGGCGACGCUAACGCUGCUAGUGACGCUAACCAGGCGCUCCAAGAGGAGCUGGCAAAACUCAGAGAAGAGCUGUCUGAGAGCAAGAACACAGAGGAGCAGCUCAGAAAGCAGAUCGCUGAAAAAGAGGAGAAGACUAAGAAGGUCUUCAUGGGAGCCAAGACCAAAAUCAACCAACUAAACGGUGCUAAGGAGCAGCUGAGUCGGGAGAUAGAGGAGGUGAAACAGAGCAAGGAGGAGCUGGAGGUGAGAAUGAGCGCCCUCAAGUCUCAGUACGAAGGACGAAUUCUUCGGCUGGACAGAGAGCUGAGGGAGCUGAGAGAGACCCAAGCACAGUCGGAGCCCAGAGAGGAGCCACAGGACCCGAGUGGAGCAAAGGGGGGGAGUGAUCAGGCCAGAUCUGCAGACCAGAGACAGAUAUCUCUGAAGAGUCCUGCCCAGGACAGAGGAAGCUCCAGCCUGUCUGAUCCUCCCACUGCCAACAUCCGCCCCACCACAAGCACUCCGUCUCCGAGCAGCAAGCCUAGCCCCUCCCCUGGCAGCAAGGCCACACCCCGGGCCAGCAUCCGGCCAAUGGUUACCCCGGCAACCGUCCCCGUCCCAACACCUACUGCCACGGUCAUGCCGACCACACAGACUGACAGCCAAGAGGCGCUGAUGAGUUCGGGAGCCUCUGUACACUCCACCAGCUCCAGUCUGGUGAACACGUCAAUAACUCAGCCAACCAGCACCCAGGCCACAGCAUUUGUCCAGCCCACCCAGCAGCAGGCAGCCAAUCAGGACGCAGGCCCCAGUAUGGAGGCAGAGCGACCGUCCACUUCGUCAUCCCUGAGUGGAACAGUAGCUUCAAAGCGAGGCAGAGAGGAAGAGGACGAGGAAGAGGAGAGCAGACCAGAGAGUUCACACAACCCUCCGACCAUGAAAAAACUAAGACUAAAACCAUCGAUAGCACUGCAGAUUGAAUGUGAUGAGGAGAUUGAAGGAGAGCUGAGGGAUGAAGGAGAACGACAGGAUUCACCAGACGACAGUCAGGAACUUCCAGAGGAUUGUUUCCCCGUGUUGGCCGAAGAGGACGAGGACAUCGAGGAAGAAGUCGUGUCCCAGUCUGUCCCCUUUGAUCUGAUGUCCUCUGAGGCCUCCAGCAUCGUUCGGGAUGUCAUCGUGAUCGACACGGACAGCGAGAGCCACGAGAGCAAAGAGGGGGAGGAGCAGCAGGAGGGCGAAGGUGAAGAGGAAGAGGAAGAGGAAGAUGAGGAGGAGGAGGAGGAGGAGGAGGAGGAGGAGGAGGAGGAGGAGGAAGAAGAUGACGACGACGACGACGGGUACAAGGAGGAGGUGGAUGGCGAUGAAGACGAGGAUGAUGCUGGCGACAGCGGGAUGAGGGGAGGAGAGGAGGACAACGAGGAGAGCAGGGAGGCAGAGCAGGAGGGAGGGCAGUGCGAGCCGUCGGAGGCCUCCAACCCCGAGGAGACUGCGUGCGGAGCGUCCUCCGACUCGCAGCGUCCCUCUGAGGCGUCACACAGCAAUGAGGGCAGCAGUGACGCCACGUCGGAGUCCGACACCCCCAGAGACCACGUACACUUCCCCCCGACCUCCUCUGCACCCUCCCCCUCCCUCAUGCCCCGCCUCCCCCACCCACGUAGGCCCCCGCACCCCCUCCCACCACGGCUCUACAUUCAACCACCGGCUCCGGAGCUGGGACCCCCGCACACACAGAGACAGUCCUCUCAGCUGCGCAGACCAUCAGUAGGACGCGGACCUCAACUGACUCCUGGAAUAGGCAGUAUGCAACAUUUCUUUGAUGAUGACGACAGAAUGGUUCCCAGUACUCCCACUCUGGUGGUCCCACACCGCACUGAUGGCUUUGCUGAGGCUAUACAUUCUCCUCAGGUAGCAGGGCUGUCCACCAGGUUCAGGUUUGGACCUCCAGAAGACCUGCUGCCUCAGACAUCGGCCUCACACUCUGACCUGGGACAGCUGGCCUCUCAAGGAGUGUGUGAAGGUCUGGGGAUGUAUGAGUCCCCGCUGUUCCUGGCUGCUCACGAUGAAGAUGGAGGAGGAAGGAGUGUCCCCACCACACCCUUACAAGUGGCUGCACCAGUGACGGUCUUCACGGAGUCUCUGCCCUCAGACGGUGCCGACAACAUGGCGUCCCAGUCGGUUCCCAUGGUAACCACCUCCACAGGGAUGGCUUCUGCUGCAGAUGAUGGAGAUGAAGUGUUCAUGGAGCAGGAGGGAGAGGGUCUUGGUAUUGAAUCCUCUUUGGAGAGCCAAACAGACAUGGAGCCGACAGGACAGCAGAGUGAUGAUGCAUCACUGCCGUCUACCAGCCAGGACGCUGACACCAGCAGCGCCACUCAGCGGCGCACCGUGCCCAGUCUGAUGAGCAGCCUGCCGGGCAGAGGAACCAGGGGAGGGAGGAACGAGGCCAGGACGUUCCUCAGCCGCAGAGGCACUUUCUUUCGGGGAGGAAGGGGAGGAGCCAUGGGCAGAGGGAGCUUCGCCUGAUGAUGAUGUCACCAGUAUCAACUCGGCCGAAUGAAAAGACGAUGCUUAUGUUCCCACGUUAUUUUAUUUUUGUUGUUGAAUUUUGAGAUAGUCAAUCAAAAAUCAAUAACCCUGAUAUUACACGUGUGUGUGUUACUUUCUCUGACAUGUUCUAUGGACACAUUGUUUGUGAGAGUUUUUAGUUUUGUCAUUUUUUGUUUAUCAUUCAUCUAUGAGAGCGUUGUCAUUUUGUUGGUAACUUCGUAUUGCUCCACUUUUGUGCUGUUGAUACACUUGUUUUAUCAAUAAAGUUGAAUGAUGAGUAUCAGCGAA